AUGGAUUCAAUUCCCAAAGAAAGUUGGUGUUUUAUGUGGGAUGAGACCGUGACAGGACGAGGCGGAAACGAAAUGGCGUCAGGAAUAGUUAAGUGUUUUGAGCAGCUAAACGAUAGCGCAUUGAAAGAAGUAACAGUAUGGAGCGACAACUGUGCGGGGCAAAAUAAAACUAUUUAUUUAAUGAUGGCUUAUUUGUGGAUAUUGUCACAAAAAGAAAAUAAAGAGGUAAUAAACCACAAAUACUUAUUAAAGGGCCACACACACAUGGAAGUGGACGUUGUUCACUCUAAAAUAGAAAGAGAAAAAAAGAAAAUGCAAGAGUUUUCAAUCGUGACUCCCUGGGACUGGCAACAGUUUAUAAAAAGCUGUUCAAGGAACCUCAAAAUUAAGGUGGUGAACAUGGAAACUAUGGAUUUCAUGGAUUUUUCAGCCUUCUGCAACGGGUCAUCAGCUCCUUUUGUGCAUAGAAAAAAAUCGAUUGUGGGAGAGUCUGUACCAUAUGCUGCUAUUGUAUGGAUGCAAUUCCGAAAAAAUGAGAUUGGUUCGAUGUUUUACAAAACUUCUUUUGACCAGGAAACAUUCGAAGAAGUUAGUUUUUUAAGAAAUAAACGGAAAAGAUUUUCUUUACCCACGCCGAAACCUAUACGAGAAAACCCAAGACUUAUUUCGAGCCUCAAGUAUAACGACUUACAAAAAUCGAUGCAGUGGAUACCAGCCAUGUUCCAUGACUAUUACAGGAAUCUUCCAUGA